AAAAAAAAAGCAUUGCAAAUUCGACGUUCUUUGGUUUUCAUAAGUUUGUUAAUUUCUUGUUCAAGUGUGAAGGUAUAAAAUAUUAUUGUGCACGUGUGGCAUUUCAUAAAUUAAAAUGACUUUCCAAUCGCCAAUGCCAAGCAGAGAUUUCUUAUGGAACAUUUUUAGAAGUGUUGACAAAGAUAGAAGUGGUUACAUAUCUGCUGAUGAACUGCAACAGGCUCUGUCCAAUGGAACAUGGAAUCCAUUUAAUCCUGAAACUGUACGUCUGAUGAUUGGUAUGUUUGACAAACAAAAUAGGGGUGUCAUAUCAUUUGAAGACUUUGGUGCACUUUGGAAAUAUGUUUCUGAUUGGCAAAAUUGUUUCCGAUCAUUUGACCGUGAUAAUUCUGGGAAUAUAGAUAGAGUGGAAUUGAAGAAUGCACUUACAGCCUUUGGAUACAGAUUGUCUGAUGAUGUUGUUGGUAUAAUGGUGCAGAAAUUUGAUAGAUUCGGUAGAGGGACAAUAUUGUUUGAUGAUUUCAUACAGUGCUGCGUCACACUUUAUACUCUUACAUCAGCAUUCCGCCAGUACGACUCGGACCAAGAUGGCGUCAUCACGAUACAUUAUGAGCAAUUCCUUAAAAUGGUUUUUGGAUUAAAGUGUUGGCCGUAAACGAGAGAAGAUCUUUAUUGACAGUUCCUCUGUCCACUAUGAGGUAGUAAUUAAUCCUGUAGUUUUCAAAUAUGUUAUUAAAAAGAAAGAACGGUUCACAUAAUGCACACACAUUUUCCUCUCUGUAUUUGAAUUUUAGUAUGGCAAUAAAUUGUUUGUAGUAGUAGCUUUAUUAUGUAUCUCAAUAUUUUUGAUAAAAAUUAAAAGCAUUUGCUCAACUCUUUCGAGCGCCAAAUUUGUUAAUACCUGACAGGUUACACUUGCUCAAAAUUUAUGAGCGUUGAGCCAGUCACAAAAGUGAUAAGUAAUUUAAACUUUAACGUUUGGUCAAUUUACGAAAUAGCUAUUUUACAAAACUGAAAGGAUCGAUACUUCUGUGUAAAGAUUAUUAAAUUUUGUAAUAAUAAUGACUUAUGUUUUAUGCCUCAUUUAGAUAAGUACUCACCGAACACAUACGAAUAGGCACGAAUCUGAGUUUGUAAACGGUUUAUUCGGAUGUAUUCGGUACUCGUUCACCUCCGCACGGUGUCAACAGUUUGGCACGAAUCAAAGGGUCAUUGUACUGUGUGCUUAGUGCGAGCUUUUUAACGUUCUCUUUUUUCCCCUAUCUAUGCUAAUAGCCUUGAGAGGCUAUUUGAGCUUCGCCCUAAUGUGUAGGU